UAGGUCGUUAUAUGAGUAGAUGCUUUGCAAUUCAGCCUUUACGGAUAUUAAUGAAAGCAUCUGCUCUUCCAUCUUUAUAUUUCUACAAUUUUCAGUGAUUUCGAAACUUUCAUAUCAUACCCAACAAAACCCCUUCGGCCGCGGCAUCCCCAAACCCUAAAUUCCCUUUGGCCUCUCAAUUGAACCAUUCCAAUAGCAAAGGCCCUAUCAUGGGAGAUCGGUAUACAUCUCAAUUUUCCACCGCCGCCGCCGAGCUUACCUCAGGCCAAGGCCAUGACUUGACGAUGGCUUCACGCCAAGAUGACCUACUGGGCAAGAUAUCAGAGAUGGAGAAAUCUAUGGACAAGUUACCGGAGAUGGAGAAAAUUCUGGGCCAACUGUUCGAUUUGAUGAAAUCAAUAACGCAGGAGCUUCGCUUACAAGGCCCCAGUCCAGCCAUAACGACGACGCCACUUCCACCUUCCACGGUGAUGGAGUACCGCAAUCCUAACCAUGAGGCUCAUGAUCUUUACCAAAGCUUGCCCGAUGAUUGGGAGCAUGCGUCAAUGACGGUAAAUCAAGGGGAAGCUAGAUCUAUAUGUUUACUCGUGUCAUCUUACGGGGACGGGAUUUACACUAAUGCAGUCUAUGAAGUGAAAUUCAAACACGGAGGAGAAGUCCCGGUAAUUAGACAUGUUGCCAAGUUCCGAGAGGGUUAUUGCCCUCAGGUUGCAAGGGUUUUCAACCACUCCAAUUUAUACUACUUUGGCGACGACGGUGGAUUUAUUGUUGACAUGGAGACUUGGUCAAAAUAUUCAUCUAUGCCUCCUAUCCCAGCCCCUAAUAAUUCACAAGAAACUAUUGUGUAUGCGUACGACAAGGUUUAUUAUCUUGCACGUCGAUCAAGCCUCCAACCAGUUACGGAGCCCUCCUUCGGGCGAUAUGAUCCUAAUCAGAAGGUUUGGGAGCAAAUGACUCCUUUUCCAUUUUAUGAUGAUUAUGACCGCCAUAUGCGAAUAACUGGUUAUGCUGUUUGUCAUGGCGUUAUUUUGUUUUCAUUGUGUGGCUUGAUAAACGGGGAUUUUUGCAUCGUUGCUUUUAACGUGGGUAGAAUGGAUUGGAAUCGGGUGAAAUUUGACACUUCUGCUUGCCGUGCUCCUCCGUUCCAAGGGAGGGUUGUGGUUGUAGGCAAGAUUAUCUAUGCCUUAUACGGGGAGGCAGAGAUUAUAGCAUUCUCCUUUAAGAUGGAGAAAGGCGGUGAUGAUGAUAUUGCAUAUUCCCUAAGCCAACUUUUUAUAUUGCAAUGCCUUGAGUUCGCUCGUCCGCUAAUGCCAUGGUUUGACGAUUUGACACAGUGUUUGGUUCAUUUGGGGAACCAUGACUUUUUCUAUGUCCAGACUGGCUGGUGUGAUUCACAUCUCAAGGUUCAAUAUCUUAGUACCACCACGUUUCAAAUUAUUGUUGGAGAAGGAGGAGGACAUAUGAUCAAGAUCAUACAUUCAACUGUUCAUUCUGUGGAUAUCAAGGGCUCUGAAUGGUUCGAUCUUGUUUUAUGCUUCACACCUGAGUGCGAGGAUUAUGAACACAUAGAAGAGGAGAGUAUGGCUAGUAUUAGUCAGCCAAGACAAGAAAUAACCGCCAUGAAGCUGGAAACAGAAGCCAUGCUGCAUGAAGAAGCGAAUGAUGAUGCGAUAAUCGGAUAUUAGAAAUUGUGAAAUAUGAAAAUUCAAAAGCAUUGGAUAGCCACCCACCUAGAAGAAAAAAGUUCCUAUAACUUAGUUUAGGUCAUUUUAAUUUGUCUUUGUUGACUUCCGUUUAUUUUAAUUUUAUGUUUAUUAUAAGUUUGGCUUCAUUCUUCCGAAA